GAAGUCAGCAACAUGGUCCAGUGGACAGAUUUCGAGCGUUCUGCCAUUCAGGAGGUCUUCGCCAAGAUCGAUGCCGCUUCUGUUGGCCACCAGGCACUGACAAGGUGUCUUGUGGUGUACCCAUGGACCCAGAGAUACUUCGGUAACUUUGGAAACUUGUACAACGCCGCUGCUAUUGUGGGAAACCCCAAAGUUGCUGCGCACGGCUUGACUGUAGUCCGUAGUCUGGAGAAAGCUGUGAAGAACUUGGACAACAUCAAGGCCGAAUACGCUGAUCUGAGUGUGCUGCACUCCGAGAAACUGCACGUUGAUCCCGAAAACUUUAGGCUCUUGGCUGACUGCAUUACCAUCGUCGUUGCCUCUGCCAUGGGCGCUAGCUUCACAGCUGAAGUACAUGCAGUUUUGCACAAGUUCCUGGCUGUCGUAAUCUCCGCUCUCGGAAGACAGUACCACUAGACGUUGAACUGCUAUGCCGGACUGAGAGAACCAUCAGAAUUUUUUUUUUUUAUCUAUCGUGUGAUUGUGUAAAAGCAAAUAAAUGCCCACACACUAA